UUGCUCGUCGGAAGCCGAAAGUGAAAGAGUUGUAGAUGACUCAGUCAGUCUGAGGAGUGGCUACACCACCGUUUAUAGAGAUCUAGGUGUUAGUUAGAUUUCCUUUACAGCAGCCAUGGAGCUUCUUGUUCUUUUGUCUCUUUGCUUGCUGACUUUUAUUGGAAAAACGUUUGGUGAUGAUUCUAUCAAGAUUACCAUCAAAGAAGACGAGGAUAUCAUCCUAAAUUGCUCUUUUGGGACAGACAUUACAGGUCAUCGCAUUGAGUGGAAAAAAGAUGACAUGGAUGUUUUUUAUUUUGAUUUCAGGAGGGAGGAUCCUACAGUUGAGGAUCCAAAGUUUAAAGACCGGGUCUCUAGUUUUUCAGAAGAUCUCAAGUCUGGAGAUGCUUCCAUUAAAAUCAAGGGAGCAAAGGUUUCAGACAGUGGGAAAUACACCUGCUUGCAUAUUAACGAACCUGGAAAAGCUCCAGUACACCAGCGUCUUAUUGAGCUUACUGUUGGUACUUGUCCACAGCCAAUUAUCAAAGCUCUUGGGAACAAAGAUGGUGGGAGGCAGGUGGAGUGUACAGCUGUUGGUGCUUUUCCACAACCUACAAUGGAGCUAAAAAAUGAUGCUGAUGUUACUUUUAAACCUGAAGAUAACAAAAUAUCUCAGAAUGGAAGCUACUUUGACAUUACGCUUCUUGCUGUUGUGACUGAGGAAGGCUUCUACCAUUGUGUUUUGACGCAAGAAGACAUCUGCCAUCAAAUUUCCUCAGAGAAGAGCAGGGUGGUCAUGCCUUCUGAUGAAAUUGCUGGUCAUUUGAAGAUUGCUAUUAUCAUCGCCGUUGUUCUGGGCAUUGUUGCUGUUAUUCUUGCUGCAGCUUUGAUACAUACUUGCAAAAAAAAAUCCCCAAGGGACACUGUGCCGUCUACAGCGUCUAAUUGGCAACCUGUGCAUGCGGAAUGAGCUAAGAGCACAGAGGGGUAGUCUGCAGAUAUGGAACAGGGGACUUCAAGCCUUCAUGGAAUGCCUAAACUUCUGUCCUAACCACUAGAAUACCCCAUGCCCCAUGGGAAAAUAGCCUCCUGGUCAUCCUGGAUCUUUGUGGCCCAUCAAAGGAGAGAGCUUGAUUAGAUCUCCUCUAGAUAGGGGAGUGAUCCAUCUGACCAGUCUUUAUGGCUGUCUACAUUAGUUUUGUCUCAGAUGCAGCACAGCUGGCUGUCUUGAAGCUAUUGUCUUAAUUUAUUGUUUUGUGAAAUUGUUUUAUCAGAGAUGUAGCGUAACUGUUGGGUUGUUUCUUUCCAUCACAUUGCAUUAUAAACCGUCACUGCUGUUCCAUUUUAAAGCUGUGUAUGUUGUACAUUAGGAAAUGAAAUAUAACUGUUCACACACAUUCUUAACUAAACAUUUUAGAAACUGUUUUUUGUCUAAAAUAACAAAUUUUUAAAUUCUUUUAAAAAAAAAUUUCAGUUUGUAGGUCUAUGUUUUUAUGCAUCUAAAAUAUCCCACCAUGAUAAAUGUCCUUUUUUAAAGAGCUAAGCCUAUGUCUGUUUUGCUUUUCUACUGCUGUCUGAAGUUCUCUCCCAUAUUUAUUCCUUAGAGGACCUAAACUCUUCUUUUCUUCAAAAUUAUUGUAUGAAAUAAUUUUAAAUAAAUAAAAUUUUAUAUUCUGUUUGACCAGAAUGCUAAUAUACUGCAAAAUUAAGUGUGUCAUAUGUGAGCAUUGUAAAGGACAUUCACAACAAAAUAGGCAAUGUAAUGGACAAUUAUAUAAUGCUCUUUUUAUGUUAAAGGUUAAUGCAAAAAAUAGGCAAAUAUUUUGGUUAAUGAUGAAUUCUUUAGGGUUUUCCUGUUCUUUCUAAUAUAAAAUAAUCUUCAUAUAUUUAUGUGUCUUAAUGUUAAUGUCUUAAUUGUCCUAAAUCUGUCUAACUUAUAUGCAUAAGUUUGAGAGUAACUGUUCAAUAAAGUAUAUAAGUCUUUUUCGGUAAAGCUGCCAAAUUUCAAUUUCUGUCUUUUUUUUAACAAGCGGAACCUAAACCAUGAUUUUUUAGCAACAAUCAAAAUAUUUCUGAUUCAGAAUGUUUUUGUGAAUUUUGGAGAAUUUCAGCAUGCAUGGUUUUCCUCCCACUGUUGGGAGGCUCUUGUAAGCUAUUGUCAUAAGUUAAACAGGUUUGCAAACUAAAUGAAUAUUAAAGCUUCCUGAUGUUUUCCAUCAUUCCAUUGCAGCAAUGAUCCAUUUAUUUCUUUAAACCCAUACAUUCUGUCCGUUCUGCUUUCAUGUUUUAUUAAAAGUGAAAUAUCUGCA